AUGGGUCUGUGGGCAGCAUAUAACACAGACGAAAAUUGGAGAAACAUUGACUCAGAAAUGGAAAAGGACCAGGAACAUUUCAUCAGUACUCUGGACUAUGAAAAAGACAAUCAACAAAAAGCUGGGGAUGGGGUUACAUAUAAUGAAAGACAAUAUCAACAGACAUUUUUUCAGAAGAUUCAGCAGAACAAGAAGUUUCGUGCCAAGUUUACUUAUAGUGUGGUUCAGUGUUUCGCCUACAUGUUACUGGGAUGGAUGAAAGCUCAAAUUGGUCCCUCAUUCUCAGACAUUCUCCGUAUUGCUGAUGCGAGUCUUGACCAAGGUGGCAUUAUUAGGACCAUCUACUACGUUGGUGUUGUAAUCGGAUGUCUGGCCUGUGCAAUAUUGUUUCUUCGUCUACCAACACCAUUGUUAUCUGCUGUCAUUUUUGCUGUCGUGACUGUCGACAUUGCUGUCAUUCCCUGGUGUUCCAAUUACAUUGCUAUGGUGACCACUCAUUUUAUACAAGGUUUCUGUUUUGGAAUCUUUGAUACAAUUACUUUCGCCGAAGCAGUACGAAUAUGGAAGAAUAAUUCCAAAUCAUAUAUGCAAAUAGUGGCUUUUGGAUUUUCACUGGCGUCUGUGUUAUCCCCGCUGGCAUCUGCACCAUUUCUGACCGAUAGAAAAAAUACCCCGUUCUCUUCAUUAAAUCUUACAAAGUUGGAUACACCAGAUACCAAACUAUAUACUAAUUCAACAACACAUAGUUUUAUAGUGUUAGAAAACAACGAAUCGUUAGAACAGCCAGAACCGUUGAAGUUUUACAAAGCUUACACAAUAACAGCUGUUCUUACUUUUAUAGCGUUUGUAUCGCUACUGACGGUGUGGAUAGUAUAUCGGGGGCAUUUUAGAUCUGUACAAAUGUCAGUGACAGUGAAAACAGCUGAUACAGGCAUAGAACAAGGGUACUCAUCGACGGGGAAACAUGACCUUACUGUCAAACGGAAAGUGUUUUACCUGGUAUUAAUGUCUACACUAUUUGCUGUAUACAACUCGGUGGAUUAUACGUUUACGGAUUUCCUCACCUUGUUCUGUGUUAGACAAUUGCAUUGGACGACAAAGGAUGGAGCCUUUCUGACAUCCAUUGUGUUUGUUGCCUCGUUAUUCAGUCGUUUUGCCGCUAUAUUUUUGGUGCGAGUCAUUCGUUUGGAUGUAUAUAUGGGGAUACUAAUGUGUCUUUUGAUUGGUUCUUUCAUCGGAAUGGCGUUUAUAGCUCAUACCCUGUGGAGUCCUGGGAUGUGGGCUUGCUCAGCUUUAGUAGGCGUGGCUACUGGGCCGAUUCCAGGAGCUCUGGUGUCCUGGACGCACGAGGCGUUUGUCCCUGUUACUGGUAGAGUGUCGUCUGCUCUCCUUGUAGCAGCAUUUAUUGGUGCUACAAUUAACCCGCCAAUACUCACUCAUCUGUUCGCG